UUCCUUUCGAAAUUUUGUUUCUUAUGGACUCUGCAACUACCGACCACCACAAGCAACUGCAAUACUGCACCACACGACUUCCAUAUCGACAGGGGCGGGAGUUAAAGGCAGUUAAGGUCUACACUGUUGCAAGCGAAUCGAGGUACUUGCUGAUCUUCGGAGUGCCUAAAAUAAACCUUCAGGGAAAUCUCAAGACCAAGCUGCAAUGCUUUGGAAAAUUGCAGUCGUGUGCGUGUAUAACUCCGGAGAUGGCUGCAAAGAUGGAACUGGAGGCUUUUACAGACGUCUUUGCCGUACAGUUUGAGCGGCUCGAGGUAGCACGACGAGCAAAGCGGCAGUUGGAUGCCAAACAGUUUUACGGCGGAACCCUUCACAUCUCUUAUGCGCCUGAAAGAGAGACUCUACAAGAGCUGCGGGAGAAACUGAUGAAACGAAGCCAGGAGGUGGCCAAUCGGACUAGGCGAAAUCGCACAGACCAGACGGACUCAACACCGGCCAAAAAGAGAAUGAAAUGAAGAGGGAUAAAUACACGACCGAGUCUGACCUUUUAUUACUUUCCACACAUUGUAAGGAGCCCCCGGUGGACUAAACGAUAUCCGUAACUAUGAGCAGAA